AUAUCCUGUAGUUUCAUGAAAGGAAAUUUGAUCUGCUGCAAUCUGCAUGAAUUUUGAUAAAAAAUAUUUUUACAAGUAGAUUGGUUUAAUACCAAUAAUUCACGCUAAUUUCGCGUAUUUACAACUUAGGUUGAAAAAAAAAACGGGGAGUCGUGCAAUAUGGUUAAUUCUAGUUUAGCAUACGAAAUACUUCUGUAUAUCAAUUCGUUUUAUUUUGGACUAUUCGCUACCUGUGAACUAGGUACGCUUAUUUUGAAGUCUGUAUUAAUCGGUGGGAAGUAUAAUGAUAGCGAUAACAACCGAAGCUUUCGACUUGGACAAGAUUUUGGUGUACUUGUAGCGCUUUUUAUUAUAGAGGCUGCGAGACUUAUUCUCGGGAGGAAGGGCAGUCUCAGUGAAAAAGAUGUUCCUGUAAUGUUUUCUGUGCUUUUAACAGUACCAUCAAUAAUUGGAGUACUCUACCUUCUCAUAUGGCAAGUGGUUGUUCUGAGAAUUGAAUAUAUUUGGUGUACUUUAAUGCUCUCAUUACAAUCCUUAGAAUUUAUCUUUGCGUCCAUGUUUAUAGUUACUAUGUGUAGAGGGCCUUCAUAUGACUAAACUAAUUUUUCUUACCAUUUACAUCUUAAUUAUUGAAUAACUUGAAAAAUGAAACAAUUACUUUACAGAUCAUACAUGCUAUAUUUAUUUUAGAUUUCGCUACUGGUCAGGUAGAUGUUAUAUUUAAUAAGUAACUGCAUAUUAAAAAUCAUUUGAAUAUGUAAAGUUAAGCACUAUAUGAAAAAUAAUUAACAAUAAUAACUUUAAUCUGUCUCAUAAUUUUUAAUCUAUUAAACAAACAUCAAUGUCUAUUUAUCUUAGUAUUUAAGUUUAUUAUUUUUGUAUUAGUACACAUGCGUUUCUGUUCUCUAUAGCUCUUGUGGUCUUUUCAAACUGAAGCACUUUUAACUUGCACAACUGUUUGAUACAAAAUAGGUUAUAGAGUAUUUUAAAGUGUGUCUUCCAUGUAGGACCCAUUUCCCUAAGUGUACUUAAAUUAUUGAGAUGAGAUUGUGCCCUUAUAACUAAAAGUGUGAUGUUUACUUAAUGGAAAUAUGCUGUUGAUAUUGAUCUAUCAUAAUGCAACUCUCUAGUCAAAUAGAUUAUAGUAGCUGAUUUAAUAAAAACAUAUUUUUACAAGAAAUAAUUUGUACUGAAGUGAUAAACCUUGUGGCCUUUAUAUACACUCAUAUUACCUUCCAUUAUUAAAUGAAAAUUGUAUAUUUAAAACUAGAUACCAAAGAUUUGUAAUCAAUAUUUAUUGAGUGUUGUAGUUAUUUAUUAUUAAUUGUUAAGGAUAUACAUAUUAACAACUAUAUGUUAUAGACAAACUUAUUAUAAGAUAUUUUAAUGGGUUACAAUCAAAUAUUAUAAUAUUGUUUUUUUGUAUGUCAUUAUUGGGUGUUCUAUUUAUAUAGCUUAUUGUCUAGUCACCUGUUUCAAAUAAAUAUAUACCUAAAAAUACUGUUUCAUUAUUACUAACAUGCUUAUGAUAUAAACUGUAAAAUUAAAUAAUAUAGUCAGUUUUUUUACAGUUGAUGAUUAAAUAAUCUAAUUAAGCUAUGAAUCAAUUUUUAACUAGGCUUAAUUCUAUCUCGGAUAAAACUAUCUUCGGUCGGAAAUUCUAGCUUCAGUUACGAUAUUGCCUUACAUUACUCCACUAACAAUAAUAUUAAGUAGUUUGAUGUAAAAAAUGUUAAUUUUUAUUUUCAUAUUGUAAAUAUGUAGGCAUUCUUGAAUAUACUCUUUUCUCUCU